AUGGAUACGAAGAUAAAGAUGGAGACCAAGAUAGGAGUGAAGACGAUGGGACAAAAUAUUUUAGAAGAACUUUCAGGUGCUGUGCAAAACCUUGAAGAGCAAGCCAAAAAGAUGAAAGCAACCUCUUACAAGUCGCAUCUACCAGCUAGAGUUGAAGAUAACAUCAUACCUACUCCUGAUGUAGACAGGGCUAAAGGAGAUCUUCGGAACGAUGUUGGAGUUGUGCUUGAAACAUCUGAUGACGGAUUUUAUAAGAUUUGGUACCAAUGGUAACUUACAAAAAUUAUAUUGCAGAAAUAAAUUUGAUAUCUGCGCACAAAAGUUUUUAUCUAUUGGAAGAAGAAGUGAACAAAAACAUAGAACUUCCGUUAAGAACCGCAGCGAUCAAACACUCAGUUGGAACAUACCAAGGUUUCUUUAGGUGUAGUUGUACCAAGAAGUGUACGUCAAAUCGACAUUUUGCAAGAAAAAUAACGUUCUCUGCAACUCGAAAAUAAUAAAUGUUAUCAAACAUGUUUAGUAUUUUCUUCAAUUAGUAGGAAAAAGAUUACUUUUGUGAAGAGACUAGGACAAAUCAGUUCAGACUAGGAUAAACUAGUUCAUCGUAUC